AUGUCUGUUUUCUACAUUCCGGUGAGACUUGAGAACGAGCCACAAUCCCCUUACUCUCUUCAGUCUGAUCAGUCUACCCAUCUAUCGUCUUCUCCUGAUCUUGACGGUAUGACACCUGUUCCAUCGAUCAAAUCGGAAGCGACCGAUUUGCCCAAUACCUCUGCUGUCGAAGCUGCCGCACCUGAAGAGACCACUGCCUCUUUGGAUCCUGAUCCUUCGAUCAAAUCGGAGGAGUCCGAUUUGCCUGCUGCAUCAGUUGCUGAACUGGCCGACCCUGAAGAGACCGUCGAUGUGCGUAGACGUGUCGAAGACCAUGUGCACGCCCCUCCGCUCGCACCUCCUUCUCUCAACGCGAUCUACGAUCUUGCAAUUGAGUCGAUGACCCGCAUCAGUCCUUGCGGACUUCAUCCAUUCAACCGCUACCUAGAGACCGCUCGGUCUCCUUCGCCAGAGAACUUUGGCUUUCUUUCUGGAGAUGGAACCGCAGCAUCACCCAUCCGAGUCGACACGCCACCGCCUGCCGGUCCUAACUAUGUGUACCCUCCCCCUCCCGAUCCUGACAAUAGCUUAACCGCCGAGGAACUCGGACCGAUCUGGGCUGAAGUUGUCGAAGAGGAGGUAGUUUUGAGAGCUCGUCGCCGCAUCAAAGUACUGUUUAGGUCUUACUUCUUCAUAUUGGACGGUAGCGCCCUCAAUCAUUGUAGGCGUUCUGGUGGAUACCGCCGCUUGGCCCGUCGUCGUUUGUAUGAAAGCGUGAUGGAGGAGUUGGAUGCAGUACUUGAGACUGUAGAUGAAGUUCAGAUGACUAAGAUAGAAUAA